AUGCUGGGGGGAGAGGGUCCAGCUCAGGACUCAGCUCAGAUCUCAGCUCAGGGUCCAGCUCAGGUCUCAGCUCAGGACUCAGCUCAGGACUCAGCUCAGGGCUCAGCUCAGGACUCAGCUCAGGUCUCAGCUCAGGACUCAGCUCAGGUCUCAGCUCAGGGUCUCAGCUCAGGACUCAGCUCAGGACUCAGCUCAGGGCUCAGCUCAGGGUCCAGCUCAGGUCUCAGCUCAGGACUCAGCUCAGGAUUCAGCUUAGGUCUCAGCUCAGGUCUCAGCUCAGGUCUCAGCUCAGGACUCAGCUCAGGUCUUAGCUCAGGUCUUAGCUCAGGACUCAGCUCAGAUCUCAGCUCAGGGUCCAGCUCAGGGUCCAGCUCAGGACUCAGCUCAGGACUCAGCUCAGGUCUCAGCUCAGGACUCAGCUCAGGGUCCAGCUCAGGACUCAGCUCAGGUCUCAGCUCAGGACUCAGCUCAGGGCCCAGCUCAGGGCUCAGCUCAGGACUCAGCUCAGGACUCAGCUCAGGUCUCAGCUCAGGAUUCAGCUUAGGUCUCAGCUCAGGUCUCAGCUCAGGUCUCAGCUCAGGACUCAGCUCAGGACUCAGCUCAGGUCUCAGCUCAGGGCCCAGCUCAGGGCCCAGCUCAGGGUCCAGCUCAGGGCCCAGCUCAGGGUCCAGCUCAGGUGUCUGCUCAGGGCCCAGCUCAGGGUCCAGCUCAGGGUCCAGCUCAGGUCUCAGCUCAGGACUCAGCUCAGGGCCCAGCUCAGGGUCCAGCUCAGGUCUUAGCUCAGGACUCCUCUCAAGGCUCAGCACGGAUCUCUUAGCUGUGGCCCACCUGCUCCUUUUCACUGAAUUGGAAAUCCUGGUUGGGAAUCUAGUGCCCAUGUUGAGGUGUUCUGUAACAGUGUUAUAAUAAACCCAGUGACAGCAUGAAAUAGAACAUCCAGGUGACACAAGAGAGUGAGCCCAGCCACCUGGCAAGGGGGUCUCCCCACCAGAAUCCUUCAUGUGGCUCAGGCUGUGCAGGCCUCUCCUCCCAGGCAGCUGCCUCCCUCCCCCAGGCUGGCCAUUGCUCGGGCCGUGUCAGAGGAUGCCAGCUGGCCUGGUCCCUUCCUGCCCACCUCUUCCGCCACCCCACUCAGCUGCCAGCAAGGCCAGGCCCCGUUUUCAGAGAACCCCCUCUGGACGUAUGGGAACCUCAGCCUCGGGCCAUUCUCAAGUAGAGACUGGAAAAUAGUGAGGACACUUUAGAAUCUUCGUGAAAUGCCAGGCUUGACAUGGAGCAGAGGGACUCGGCUUUAA